CCCCAUCUGUAGUGCAGCCAUAUUGACAAUCUAAUUUAUGUGUGGAUAAACCUUUUUGCCAAAUAACGGAGAAAUUACAUUGAACUUUCUAUUUAGACAAUGGCCUGUUCCAAAGAUCAGAUAUUGACAAACCAGCUGGAUUUAGAAGAAGAUCUUACCUGUUCCAUAUGUCUGGAGUUGUACAACGACCCUGUCUCUCUGCCGUGUCAACACAACUUCUGUCGAAAAUGUAUACACUCACACUUGCACCAGAAGUCGGAUAUUCAUGUUCAUGUCCUUGGAGCAGAGCAUGGACGAUUCCCAUGUCCAAACUGUCGGGAUUAUGUUGAGCUCACAGAAACAGACAUCAAGAAGUUGCCAAAGAAUUUCGCUUUGCAAAACAUUGUUCAUAAAUUUCAAUCAUUGAAAUUGGAAAAUGAGACCAAAGAUACUGGAUUAGUGGAAACUGACUGCAUGUAUCACAAUAAACCUUUAAUGGUGUACUGCGAUACAUGUGACGAGGCCUUGUGUAUCGAGUGUUUCCCAAAACGGAGUCAUGAAAAUCACAAUGUUGUCCAUUUUAAGGACAAAGUGAAGAUGUACCAGGAAGAUGUCGAACAGACAAUUUUACCUCAGAUUAUCCAUUUGCAAGAAUCUCUAAAGGAAAUGAAGAGAAGACUAACCGGUAUCCGUCAAGAAACACAGGAACUACUUCAGGUUAAUAUGGAAGAUGUGACUGAAAGUUUCCAGGAACUAAGAUCAGCCGUGAAUCAAAAAGAAUCCGAAUUAAUGUCCGUGUUUGAGUCAAAGAAAGAGGAGACCGACUCGCGAUAUAAAAGUCAUACUGACAGUUUGGAUGAACAGUUGGACACUUUGGAGAAUCUCAACACCAAAUUGUCCACAAUUAGUUUUCAAGAUCCUGCGAAAACUAUUCGGGAAAUUAAAUCCGACAAAGAACGAUGUGAAAAGGCAUCACGGGACGAAUCUAUGACGUCUGAAAACAUCAAACGACUUCUUGGUGAUGUAAAGGAGCUGGAUGUUUCAAAACAAAUACAUGGAUUGAAUGAUGAUCUAAAGAGAAUCAUGUCUGAUAUCAACAACAUGGAGAUUGGAACAACUGGAGACACCAGAGCAGAAGCAGAAUCUACAGCAAACUUUCAACUUUCAAGGAAAGAAAUUUCAGCAGCAGCUUAUUCAACAACAAUUGAUACGAGAAGACAAGAAGAGAGAAAGUGGAUCAAGAUUGUUGACCCCAAUACUGGCAAAGAUAUCUCAAGUGAAAUAUACAAUACACGACGACCUGCACCGUUACCUUAUAACGAAGAAGAAGGAACCCCAUUUGUUAGGGGUUUGACCAUGAAGGGAACUCCUGAACGACCAGAUCAGGUGGACUACCCACGGGAAAGCUACCUAGAGAAUGAUAUGCAACCACAAUCAGGUUUCCUGUCUUUGUUGAUUGACAAGGAAAGACAACCACCCAGAAGGUCAAGAAAACAGCAAAGAAAAGAAAAGAAGACUACCCUUUCAGGGUUUGAUAUGGACUUGGACUAUAUCGACUAGAAAAUCACUGCGAGUGCUUACUAAUAAAAUACCUGAAAUCCGAUGAUCAACUAGCAAAAUGCAUAGCAGUGAUUUUUUACAAAAUGUAAACUGUAAAUCAAUAUCAAUUAUAGAAUUUUAUUUAAUGUACAGAAAUGAAAAUGUAAUGUUUUUCAUAUUUGAAUUAAUAUAUCAGUAAAUAUAUGUUCUUCUUAAUAUGUUUAUACUAUGAAUCUAAUUCAUUACAAACGACUGUCAUUUAAUGACCUGUUGUUCAAAAGGUGAUUAGCUUAAUCACUGUUUAACGACAUUUUUCAACCUUUAAUAAUUUAGUCAAUAUACAAGGUAAAAUCUCACAAUUUUGCAUGUAAAAUCACUCAACUAAAUAUUUGCUAUCUGGAAAGUUGUAACUUUUGUUUUAAAGAUACACAAAAAUUAAAAUUUAUGCUAAUCACCUUUUGAAUAACUGGGCCCAGAUCAUGUCGGUGUUAUUCAACUUUUAUUUCCAAAGCUUUAGACUUCUAUAACUUGAAUGUUUCUCUGGGCUAGCAUGUGUGUCGGAAAACGAACUGUAUCUGUGCGCUUGUAUUUCAAUAGUGAUAUAUGGGUGAUAUAUUUAUAGCAACUUGUGGAGGGAGGAGGCACGCGGGAAGAGUUUUCAGUUUUUUUUCUCGUUCUUGAGGCACUGUAUCCUGUUUAAAUCUAACCCCAUGCAUGCACUUUAAACAAUUUCAUCACACGAAAAUAUGUUUUUCAAAUACUUUAACGCUACCAACACGGAACCUACCCCAUGUGAUACGGACUCCGCAUACUACAAUUUCCUUUUAAGAAGCUUUAAGAAACUUUUGAAGAUUUUACAAAAGAACAAAAGUCCUAAAGAAAGAGAUACAGGCUUGCAAAAGAACAGAAGAAUUAUCUUUAGAAAACAAAGGGAAGGACUUUGCCCUGCCAUUGUCAAUGAAAUGUUUAGAAAAGAAAAGGAAACUCAUCUGAACUCCGUCGCGCGUCCGUAAACAAUUUACAUUGGUCCCCAGCCCCCAGGGGCCUGAGGGGCGGGGCCAAAAAGGGUAAAAUUG